AUGGGAUUAAAUCAGAAGGGAAGCAUUACUUUUCUAUAUGCCAAGCAUUAUUUGAAUUGGAUACAAAAUGCUUUGAGAACUUUACGUGAACUCAAACUUCUUCGACAUCUUAGACAUGAAAACGUUAUUGCUUUGAAAGAUGUAAUGGUGCCUAUGCACAAGACAAGUUUCAAAGAUGUUUAUCUUGUUUAUGAGCUUAUGGAUACUGAUUUGCAUCAGAUUAUUAAGUCAUCUCAAUCACUUUCAAACGAUCACUCCCAGUAUUUCCUCUUUCAGUUACUACGAGGCUUAAAGUAUCUCCAUUCCGCCAACAUCCUCCACCGCGACCUAAAACCCGGAAACCUUUUAAUCAACGCGAAUUGCGACCUAAAAAUAUGCGAUUUUGGGCUGGCCCGCACAAACAACAAUAAAGACCGAUUCAUGACCGAAUACGUCGUCACGCGGUGGUACCGGGCCCCAGAGCUUCUCCUCUGUUGCGAAAACUACGGAAACUCAAUCGAUAUCUGGUCGGUCGGGUGUAUUUUUGCUGAACUUUUGGGAAGAAACCCGUUGUUUCCGGGAUCCGAAUGUUUAAACCAAUUGAAAUUGAUUAUUAACAUUCUUGGAAGCCAAAUGGAGGAAGAAAUUGCAUUCAUUGAUAAUCAAAAAGCAAGAAAGUUUAUACAGUCGCUUCCGUUUUCACCUAGGGUUUCGUUUUCUCAGCUUUACUCUGAGGCUGAACCGAUGGCGAUUGAUUUGUUGGAAAAGAUGUUGGUGUUUGAUCCGUUGAAGAGGAUUAGUGUUGAUGAAGCGCUUAAUCAUCCUUAUAUGUCGUCGCUUUGUAGUCCGGGUAUGGAUCCUCCGGUUGAAGGUGCGGUGGAUGUGAAUAUUGAUGAGGAGUUGGGGGAUGAAGUGAUUAGGGAGAUGAUUUGGAAGGAGAUGCUUCAUUAUCAUCCUGAAGUUGUUUCUGUUUCCGUUGCCAAUCCGUAG